GCUUCCGGGGCGUGUUGCAGCGAGCGGGUAUUGCUGUGUCUUAGCUUUCUGAGAACCUGUUUCGAUGCUCCCGGGUACAAUGAGCUUCCUAAAGAGUUUCCCGCCUCCGGGGCAGGAUGAGGGGCUUCGGCAACAGCAGCCAGAUACAGAGGCUGUGCUGAACGGAAAGGGCCUCGGUAUCGGCACUCUUUACAUCGCGGAGAGCCGCCUGUCUUGGUUAGAUGGUUCUGGAUUAGGAUUCUCACUGGAAUACCCCACCAUUAGUUUACAUGCGGUGUCCAGGGACCUAAAUGCUUAUCCUCGAGAGCAUUUGUAUGUUAUGGUGAAUGCCAAAUUUGGAGAAGAAUCAAAAGAAUCUCUUGCUGAUGAAGAGGAGGAAGACAGUGAUGAUGAUGUUGAACCUAUUACUGAAUUUAGAUUUGUGCCUAGUGAUAAAUCAGCAUUGGAGGUGAUGUUCACUGCAAUGUGUGAAUGCCAGGCUUUGCAUCCAGAUCCUGAGGACGAAGACUCAGAUGAUUAUGAUGGAGAAGAAUAUGAUGUGGAAGCACAUGAACAAGGGCAGGGGGAUAUUCCUACAUUUUAUACCUAUGAAGAAGGAUUAUCCCAUUUAACAGCAGAAGGGCAAGCUACACUGGAGAGAUUAGAAGGAAUGCUUUCUCAGUCUGUGAGCAGCCAGUAUAACAUGGCUGGGGUCCGGACGGAAGAUUCAGUAAGAGAUUAUGAAGAUGGCAUGGAGGUAGAUACCACACCAACAGUUGCUGGACAAUUUGAGGAUGCGGAUGUUGAUCACUGAAAAUGAUUUAUGCUGUUUAAAACAGGCGCCUCCUCUGGAAUUAGAAUAUUAAACCAGGACAAGAAAGAAAGGAAGGAGAGCCUGCAAUUUAUGGUAAAGAUGAACCUGAAUUGGAAAGUGAAUGCCUGGAAAUGGGUAUGGAAAAGACUGAGGCUGAACGUGGAGAUGGUCCUGAUGUGAAAGGGAAGUCUACCAAACCUACAGAGUACUGAAAUCCCGAAAGUAGAUGAUGGGCAGCCAUAAGUUAAGUCAAACUUAAGCCAUACAUACUGUCAUAUUGAAAAUACGACUUAAAUUCUCUCAAUAAAACUUUACAGUUUUCCCAGGGGAGGGGGAAACAUGGGUGCUGCAACAUGGGUGAACCUUGAGAACAAUAUGUAAGUGAAAUAAGCCAGUCACCAAAAGAAAUACUGUGUGCUCUCGCUUAUAUGGGGUUCUAGGUUGGUGAAGUUCAUACAGAUAGAAAGUAGAAUGGCGGUUGUCAAGAGGAGGUGGGGAGGAGGAAUGGGCAGUUAAUGUUUAAUGGGUUGAGAGUUUCAGUUUUGCAGGAGUUCUGUGGACAGAUGGCAUGAUGGUUACACAACAGUGUGAGUACACUUAAUACCCCUGGAUCAUACACUUGGAAAUGAUUAAGGUGGUAUAUUUUGUUAUGUGUAUUUUAUUGCAAAUUUUAAAAAAGGAUGAACUACCAAACUAAGCAAAGAUCUGGAUGAAUUUUAAGUGUAUAUUGGUAAGUGAAAGAAGCAAGUCUGAUUAUAAAAUUCUGUUCAUAUGACAUCAUGGAAAGGCAAAACUGUGGAGCUGAGAAGUGAAGUAGUAUGGGUUUAGUGGGAGAGGAGGAUUGAAUAGGUGAAGCAGCACAGCACAUAUUUUAGGGUAGUAUAACUAUUUUGUGUGAUACUGUAAUGGUAAUAUGACAUCACGCAUUUGUCAAAAUCCACAGAACCUUAAUGUAUUCAAUUUUGUGUGUGUGUAGUUCUGGGAAUCAAAUGCAGGGCCUCUACCACUGUGCUACAUCCCCAGCCUUAAUGCAUGCAAAUUAAAAAAUUAUUUAGGAGGUCAGAAGAUUCCAAGAUGGGAUAAAGAAUGGGACAAAAUAACUAUAUUAUGAAACAACCUCACUGAAGCAGAUGGGAGAAAAUUUGCUAACCUAAGUAACUUUGGAAAUGGUUAGAGUCUAUAAAACUGUGUCUACUGUGGUAUAAAUUAACCAUUCUGAAAUCACUGUAUGUAUAUAGGGAACAGAGCAAUUAAGAAAACUAGUGGUUGGGCUGGGGAUGUGGCUCAAG